GGAUUCGAUGAUGCAUGAACAAACGCGUCGGUUCUCCCGGUAAAAGUGUGCUAACGGGGAUCUCCUCCAUCACACGAGCUCCUCACUGCGGAUUUGCACCGUAUAGGCUCAUUCAUCUUACAUAACGGCAAUCGACAGGACGGGACGGAAGCAUCUGUGAACUCCAGACAGCGACUGUCGUCUUCUGCAGGCAUCUGGAGUUCAGACAGCAAACUGACGCAAAUCUUCGCAUCGCACGUUGUGACCAUGGCGGAACCGGAGCUGUCGUCUGCAGCAAACCCGUCUCUGCGGUCUCCGCGCUCGGGGCCGCUGUCGCUGUCAUUCCCGUUCCUGCGUGAAGGCAGCCGCGUUUGGGAACGAGCCGCGCUGCAGCCCGGGGAGUUACCGAGCCCUCUGCCCACCAAACGCACGCGCACGUACUCGGCGACUGUUCGCGCAAAUGCAGGUCCUGUUUUUAAGGGUAUGUGUAAAAACUUCUCACGGUCACAGGGUCACGGCUACAUCAGACCGGCUCACGGUGGAGAGGACAUCUUCGUACACAUCUCAGAUAUUGAAGGAGAGUACGUUCCUGUGGAGGGAGAUGAGGUCACGUACAAGGUCUGUCCGAUCCCGCCCAAAAACGUGAAGGUCCAGGCCGUGGAGGUGAUCAUCACACACCUCAAACCUGGAACCAAACACGAGACCUGGUCAGGCCAGAUCAUCAGCUCCUAGGAUCUGUCCGGAGCUGGACUGCGGGGAGGGAGAAGGGUGGGUUUUCUCUGAAGAGAGAGCAAAGCAUCAUGUGAAGGCUUUUGAAAGUUGAUGGGUGCAGAGAAUGUUGAGUUCAGCAGUCAGUCGUUUAGACCUGAAACAGACUCUAUGCAAAUGUGUGAAAGCAAAUAUUUGUAGCUAUUUCACACAUCCUUGUGGCCCGAAAGGUCUCUGUAUACACGUCGCAUUUGCAACGGCGUCACAAAAGCUUGCGUAGAGCUUGUUUCUGGUUAAAUGAGUCGUCUGUAGGUGUGAGAGACUGCGAAAUGAUGGAUGAAUAUCCUCAAACUGGACUGUGAAAGAAUCAAACGCAUCGAUUCGGAGGUACACGCUACACUUGUGGCUGUUUUUGGCUCUUAUAUUUAUUUUUCUUUAUUUAUGCAUUAAUUUUUGAUGUUAAAUCAAUGGUAAUAGGGUGAAUCUCACCAACACCUGUCAUAUUCACAUUCAUGGUAAAAUUCACCCUAAAAUCAAAAGGGAAAAAGUAAGCAGUUAUGCAUGAUUAUCUUCAGGACAGUUGAACACAUUUACCAUCAAAUACUGCAGAAAAAAAUAAUGACUAAAAUGUGGAUAAACAAGUACGACUUUCAUUGUUUUACAGCAAUUAAUUUUCAUAAAAGUCACAAUGCAAAAAAAAAAAAAACAUAAUGGUUCUACAUUUAACCUUAAUUAUCAUUAUGCAAACUCUUUUUCAUUUGGUUUCAGGGUGAAAGAUGAAUCAGACAUGAUCUUGACAGGUUUGAGGGGUUUUCGUCCAUUAAGCUCUGUUAUAUAUGCUGGAACUGAAGCAUCAUGGACUAAUAUUGCACUUGAAACUUGAAACCCCAAAUAUAAACUGCCAAACUGACUUAAUCUCCCAGAUCUCUUUCUCGGGAGCUUUUCAGGGUAAAACGAGCAGCAUUUUGUAGACCAGCUGAAGAAUAACAGUCAGCUAGCAAACCAUUUAAACACAGCAGUAGCAACUUCAAAGAUUGUGUGUUGAUUUUACUGUAUAUGUAUGUAUGUGACGUUCAUUAUGAGCUCAGAGAUCUAGUGAUGUGAAGAACUGUUGCGUUGUUUGUUUGGUCACAUGAUCUGUAGCAUGUUCAGUUUGUCUAGUGAUUUGAUCGUCAGAUUUCUAUGCUUCUGAACCCUCAUUUGGGUCAAACUGAUGUUUGUUUUUAAACGCCAUUUUUAUUUUCAGCACUUUUUAGAGCUCAGAUCACUGUGGUCGAGGUCAUUUCCAUUUGAACUUUGACAGACUAAUAAAAUUAAUUUAUGAUGUACA